UCUCAUCUAUAACUUCGUUCCGACGGUUUCUCAAUUACUUCGCGCUACCUUAAGUUUUAGAAGCUUUCAUCCCACUAAGACUGUGGCUUUUGCUAGUAGUGGCUUGACUAUACUAUCUUGACAAGCGGGGGAGAUACGAUUACCUAAGAUUAACUAAGUACAUUUGAUCUUAGCAAGAGCUAACAAUGACCUCAUCGGCCUUCACGAAACUUGUUGGAUGAGCUGCAUUAACUAGUUACAUGCAGUUACCUGUUAAUGAAACCCUAACUAUCUGUUAACACCAAUAAAUUCCAGUACUUUUGGCACAAUCACUACGGGCCUCAUAUAUCUUUAUCCAGCUCAUCGCAAGCUGCUAUAAAGCAUGGGGAUGAGCUUCAAAUCUUGUAGACGAUGAUGCCAAGAUACCCAUGUCUCGGCCCUAGGAGCUUGCCUGGGUUGAGGGGGUUAAGAACCCCGGGCUCAUUUGCAAGACCUAUUCUCACACAACGUUACCAGCCACGAUGGACAUCGGUGCCGAGAGCUUGGGAGAGCACUACCAACGGAGAGGCGAGAAGCGGUCAUAUAGAUGCUGCCCCGAAUGAAUCCAUUCUUUGGAUAGACACCUUAUUCCCCCUCAAACUCUCCGGUUUACUACGAGCGCCAUGGAAGAGUCCCGACCUGGACGUGGACGAGCUCAUGAAGCGAUUUCAGAACUCAACCCUAGGCGCCCUUAACCCUAUAAACAAUGUGAAGCGAGCCAUUCCAAAGACAGCCCCAGUUAAUAUCACUGAAAUCAUACCUCGUUUCAAGGACGGUGGAGCUUUUGUCAAGUUCACAUAUCCUGCCGAUGUACCCGCCAAGGAUAUCGAGGCAGCCAUCUCUAAAUACCUCCAGGAGAACCCCGUAAGGCCAAUUUUCAAUCCCUUCAGGAGAGUCCGGGUCGGACUCGUUCAUGGUAUUCCCUGGCUAGAAGACUUGCACAGGUUCCCUAAGGAUAGACUAAGGGUUGAAUUCGUCCCCAAGAAUCCGGGUGAGGAGGCGGUCGAGUUGCCCCCGGAAACCUUGUAUAGCUUGUUCCGCCGGUACGGAAAGAUUGCCGAGAUCCUCUCACAACCAUGGGAUUCUAAAGUCUUCCCGAAAUACGCCUAUGUUGAUUUUGCAACCGUUAGAGAUGCCAUCAUGGCUAGGAACUGCCUGCAUGGUUUCGUCGUGCCCCAAGAUCUUGGCGGCGGCAAAUCGGGUACCAGGCUACGCAUAUCUUAUGAACAGCGAGAGCAACCACACCGGUUUUGGGAGUGGAUAUCGAAUCAUCCGAGAAUUGUCAUUCCUGUCUUGGUCGCCUUACUAACCGGUCUCACUGUUAUUGUAUUCGAUCCCAUUCGAUCAUUUUUCGUCAAAGCUCACGUCACAGGCCGGUUCCGGCUCAGCAACAGUAAGCUUUAUAGAUGGCUUCGAAGGCGGACUGUUUCUAUCUUAAAUCUCAAGAAAGAAAAAGCGGACCAAGCAGGACUGAGUGCAGUUUGGACUCACAGGAGGGACCUAAUCGACCAGAUUCGGAAAUGGCUACUAGAAACUACUGAAACUUUCAUCGUCGUCCAGGGACCUCGCGGCUCCGGUAAGAAAGAACUGGUCUUGGACCAAGCCCUAAAUGGUAGGAACAAUGUUCUAGUCAUCGACUGCAAACCGAUAGUAGAAGCUAGUGGAGAAUCUGGAACGAUCAAGCAGAUGGCGGCGUCCGUUGGUUACCGUCCUAUAUUCUCGUGGGCGAACAGUGUGAGCAGUAUGGUCGAUCUUGCUGUCCAGAGUACAACCGGUGUCAAAGCAGGCUUCUCCGAGACUUUGGAAUCACAGCUUCAGAAGAUCCUGCAGACAACAGCCGUCGCCCUCACGGAAAUUGGUAUCUCGGACCGUAAAAAGACCGAUUCUGACGCUUCACUCCCCGUCGAUGCCUACCUGGAAGCACACCCUGAGAAGCGACCCGUUGUAGUUAUCGACAACUUCCUGCAUAAGGGCGAUAGGAACGCUAUUGUUUAUGAUAAGAUUUCCGAAUGGGCUGCUGCUUUAGUCCAAUCUAAUAUUGCCCACGUCAUCUUCCUAACUACCGACUCUUCCUACUCGAAAUACCUAUCCAAAGCUCUUCCCGACCGUAUUUUCCACGAGACCGCCCUCGGAGAUCUCUCACCCGAUGUAGCCAAGCGCUUCGUCCUAAGCCAUAUUACCAACGGAGAGGAGCAGCUCGAAGUGAAAGAAGACUCGAGCGACUCGAGCGAGAAGCAGCCAGCAUGGGCCAAAGUCCUCCCCGACUUAGGAGAACUUGACGAAUGUAUCGGCACUCUAGGCGGUCGUCUCACAGACCUGGAAUUUCUAGCCCGUCGUCUGAAAGCUGGUCAGAGCCCCAAGCAAGCGGUGGAGGAAAUCACGGAGCAAUCCGCUUCCGAAAUCCUCAAGUUCUACCUCCUCCCCGGCAAGACGACCAGCGACGGCGAGCACAAGUGGUCCGUGGAACAGGCCUGGUACCUCGUCAAAGAACUCGCCCGCAACGAUUCCCUACGCUACAACGAAGUCCUCCUGCACAACACCUUCGCGUCCUCGACCACCGCACCCGACGGAGAGGCCGCGCUCGAAGGCCUCUCCAACGCCGAGCUCAUCACGCUGAAAUCGCGCAACGGCCGCCCGGCUCUAAUCGCUCCCGGAAAACCGGUCUACGCCGCGGCGUUCCGCCUGCUGGCGCGCGACCCCGCCCUCUCCGCGAAGAUGGAUCUCGCGGUGCUGACGGAGCUCGUCAAAGCCGAGGCCAAGAACAUCGAUAAGGCGGAGGCGGAACUCGCGCUGCUGGGCGGCUUGCCUAUGCAGCCGGCGCAGACGGCGGGACGGACGUAUUAUUUGCUGGGCAAGAUCGACGCUGCGCAGAGGAAGGUCGAGGGUUAUGAGCGGGAGAUGGGGGCGUUGAAGAAGGUGCUUUGUACUGAGGCUUGAAUUGGUCUUGGUGGUGGUGGGUGGGUGGAUGGAUAGGUACAUAGGUGGUUAGGGGGGCGAGGGUGUUGAAUAUACAUAGGGGUAGUGGCAUGGCAUGGCAUGGCAUGAUUCCAGUCGAUACCCAACUCAUUUACUCGGUUAGAAAAAUCGGUAUAUAAAAGUAAAAGCAGUAUUAUAUUUCGCAUCCUAUACUGAUUUCAGCACCUAGCUUAGCUCUCUUCCAUGUACUUAUUUUUUAGAAACAAGUAAAUACAGAUCCUUCCUUUAGUCUACGAGAAGGGAAAUCUAACUGGCUGA